AUGCCUAAACGACCAAAUACCCAACAUUUCAGCAAUGAUGAAUGGGAGGAACGCAGGAAGCGGAUCCGCGACCUGUUUGAGCAAGUCCCGCUCAAGGGCGCAGGUGGUGUCAUCGAUACAAUGACGAACGAAGGCUUUCCCGCUACAUUCCGAGCGUGGGGCGUGAAAAAAUACAAAAAGCGUGGUAAACCGGAAGAAACGACUCAUGAGAUACGACAAGGAGAAACAACCCAGACGUACCAGACCUCUGAAUUCCAAGAGGGUGCACCGCCCACUGAAAUUGGCAAUACAGCCGAUACUAUGGAUGUUGAUGUAGAAGAAGAGAUUUUCCCGUGGACUCAGAGCACGCAGCAUCUUAUAUCGCCGAAUGAGGACUUUAACAUUGCGGACUGGGAUAUGACCAUGACGGAUUCGUCAGAAUACAGCUUUCCACUACACGGACUUAGCAACCCCUUCUGGGACAUGGUAUCAUCCUCUGGCAAUGUUUCCUUCCCCAUGUCCGUAAAUAGUCGACAAGUCUUUCUGCCAGCAUUACCUUCCACUCAGCUUGUAGUUGCAAUGAUUGAGACAUCAACUUCUCAUAACUUAACCCAUCUCCUCUCAGUCCUCCAUCGACUCUAUUCUCCAAAAUUCUUUGUCGGAGAGGAUUGGAGUAGGCUUCGCGAGCUACCAGUUGAAGUUGAGCUGGAUGCUCGUUUUGAUGGCAGAUUAAUUGCGUCUAUCGUCAAUGGAUAUACAGUUCUCAACUGUUUGAACGCCCAACGGAGUCCAGUGGCCAAAUCAUUCACCGAAAACAUCUUUUUGGCAUAUUUAGAAGCCGAUAACGCUGUAGCCAUCAAGUCCUUGCUUGACAGCGGAUGGGUCAAUGCAAACGAAGCUGUGUGUCAUUAUCACGGGGAGAGAUACACACCGCUUGAAAUUGCUGCAAUCAAGCAAUCAUUCAAAGUCCUCCGGCUUCUCAUCGACCAAGGGGUUAAUACGAAUAAAUCUUUUUUAAGGGCCAGUCAUGACAAUGCAUUACAUUUGCUAAUCGAGCACGUGGAAGACCGCCGAUCGACACUUGAGGAUAAUAUGCUGAGUUUAGUUGAUACGUUCUUGAAAGCUAAAGCAGCCGUAUUGAUAGAUACUAUCUACAUGGCACUUCGCGCUUUUACUGAUCCACGGCUCGCCGUCCGCCUAAUCGAGUAUUUUGCUUUUCAAACGCCUCACAAGCUUAUUUCACGCGAAGGCCUGCUCAAAAGUAUCCUCCAAAACUUUGACAAACAGCACGCGACGAGCAUGGUUAGCCUUAUUGUACGCAAAUGCCAAGAGUUGGGAAAAUUCCAAUACUUGGAUCGAUUCUCUCAGGAUGUCAAGUAUGUGUUGGGUAAGGCCGUGGACCGCGGGUAUGAUGAUGUAAAACCGACAUACGACCUAGAUGAAAAUCACAUAUUUGACGUGCCCGCCGCGCUAGAUGCUGCUUUGGCUCACGAUUUUGAUGAUCUUGCUUGGUCACUCCUGGAUGUUGGUAUCACAAUCAGACCUGCGUCCUUUAAAUACAGUUGUGAGGAUUCGCUACUAUAUGUUGCGGUAAAGAAUAACAGACUAGACUUUGUGAAAGUUAUUGUUGAAUCUGGCUUGCUUCGCAGUGAUGCCGAUCUGUCGCCGAUUAUAGAGGCGGCCUUGAGAUGUGACGGGAACUCAAUGUUUGACGAAAUUUGGGCAGCCUGUCCACGCCCAGUCUUCUACACAGAAGGUCUUUUAAAACUUGCACUAGAGACGAGAGGAAAACACUUGUUUUUGGCUAUCGUUGAUGCUGGCCCUCCAGAAGCAACCUUUGCAAUGAAAGUUGCAGUGGAGUGCGAGAAUGAAUCAUUGCUUGACGAACUAAUUUCCCACGGUGUCUCAGCAGAUAAUGAAUAUGUUCUAUUGGAAGCGGUAGAAAACCAUCAUUCGAUGAUCAUACCGCUUUUACACCGAUACAGGAAAGCCUUUCCGAAAGGUCGUGCUGGAUAUGGAGGGCAUAUUGUUUUGAGUGCACUCGAGAAGCACUCGACAACACCCGAGCUUCUUGAUAUGGCUUUUGCUUGGAAUCUUGUGGGCCCGAAUAUCAACCGAACCUUCACAAACAAAGAAACUUUUCUACGCAAGGCAAUCGAAACACACGAUUGCCUUGUCGUUAAAAGGUUUAUUGACGCUGGUAGUAACGUCAAUAGUACCAUGAUGGAUAAUCGCCGCUUGGGUGUUUAUUGCCAGACAACCCCGCUCUUGAAUGCAAUCAAGACUCAGAUCGUAGAAAUGGUUGAGCUCCUCAUUGACCGUGGUGCGGAUGUGAACAAAGCGGCUACGUAUGGUAUACGACGGACUCCUCUUCAAAUGGCUGUCGAAAUGAAUAAUAUGGCCAUUGUCCGUUUGCUGCUAAGCCGUGGUGCUGAUGUCAAUGCCAUACCUUCAAGGUAUGGUGGAGCUACGGCCCUGCAAAUUGCAGCUAUCCAAGGAGACUGCGAGAUGGCAAAGGUUCUCAUAGAGCACGGGGCCCAGAAUGAUAUUACUCGGUCCGCCGGAAGACACGGACGUAUGCCUCUGGAGGGUGCAGCCGAAAAUGGUCGUCUUGAUAUGAUAGAGCUUCUCUGGAGGGCUUUUGAUGGCCGUUUUGACGAUGAUCAAUGUCGGAAUGCGAUACGGCGUGCAGAGAGAUACGGGCAUUUUGGCUGUAAGGAGAUGAUUGAGGAGUUCAUGAGAUCCUCGGCGCGCAACAGGAUUGCGCUACCUACCUUGUCUUAG